AGGCGGAGGCGCGCAGUUUGUGGGUCUCCGGGCACGGGUGCGGGGCGCAGAUCCAGGUCGCUGCUGCGCGGGUGUCAUGUCAGACAACGAGGACACUUUUGAUGGCGACGACUUUGAUGAUGUGGAGGAGGAUGAAGGACUAGAUGACUUGGAGAAUGCUGAGGAAGAGGGCCAGGAGAACCUUGAGAUCCUCCCCUCUGGAGAGCGACCGCAGGCCAACCAGAAGCGGAUCACCACACCAUAUAUGACCAAGUAUGAGCGAGCCCGCGUGCUGGGCACCCGAGCCCUCCAGAUCUCGAUGUGUGCCCCCGUGAUGGUGGAACUGGGGGGGGAGACAGAUCCCCUGCUUAUUGCCAUGAAAGAGCUCAAGGCCCGAAAGAUCCCCAUCAUCAUUCGGCGCUACCUGCCUGACGGGAGCUAUGAAGACUGGGGGGUAGAUGAGCUCAUCAUCACGGACUAAGCUGGAGUCAUCUUCCCAGCUGCACCUCACCCCAGCUCCUGUUCCCACAUCCUUUACACAUGUAAAUAAUAAACUCUCCAACCUCCCC